AUGGGAGGUUGGGUUCAUGGAGUGUGGAAGUGGGGGAAUUUAGGAGUGGUGUUGGAUGAUGAUUCCGACCCUACGGUGGUGGCCGAGAAUGACUCUAUUCAUUUUUGGUUGAGUGGCCGUUUUAUCCAUACGGAGGGGAGAGAUAAGGUUGAGUGGAGCGGUUCGGGUGGUGAUUCGUUUUCGGUUGCUUCUUGUUAUGAGUUUUUGGCCGGCUUAACCUAUCCUUUCGGUCCUCCGAAUAGACUCGAUGUUGUGAAGGAUUUAAUUUGGAAGGUGUAUGUGCCGUUUAAUAUUAAGGCCUUUGGUUGGAGAAUUUUAAUUAAUAGAUUACCAACCAAGGACUUAUUGAUGGGAAGGGGUAUUCUUUUGUCAAUAGAGAAUUCUUUGUGUGCUUUUUGUGGUUCCAUUCCGGAAAGUUGUGAUCAUUCUUUUUUCAAGUGUAAAGAGGUGGGUGUGGUGUGGAGAGAGAUAGCGGUUUGGGUUGGAAAACCGAUUGGUGGUUUGGAUGAAGAUUGCCAUCAAAGCUUUAUGGAUUGGUUCCUCUUUUGUAAAGAAAAGAAAGUUAAGGAAGGUAAAUGUGGGGUGUUAUGGUUAGCCAUUGUUUGGACUUUUUGGUUAUCUAGAAACGGCUUUUGUUUCCGCAAUGAAGGUUGGGAUGUUGAUAAUACGGUGUGGAAAAUCAAAUCUUUGUUAUGGAAGUGGUCGUUUUUUGGAGAAAUUACGCACCCAAUAUAUAGUUUCUAUGAGUUUACUAAAGACCCUUUGUUUUUUCUCUCAUAG